CAUCAUUUUCCACCGUCCAUCUAUAAACUCCUCACUCAUCUCCACCGUUGAUCUUAUCCCUUAUCCUGAAUUCACUUGCUGUAGAAAUGAACCAAUAUACGAAGUGAAGCAGAAUUCAUCUCUUUUCUUUUCAACCCCGAGACAGAGACAGAAAGAGCCACUCCCUUCCAUCUCAGGGUUUUGUGACAAGGUGAAGAUUUGAGAUGGAUAAAGAGGGAGGAAGGGAGAAAGUGGAGAGUGUUGGGGGAUCUUAUGAGUUGAAGAAUUUGGAAGGAGAUGGGGUUUUCGAGGAGGUGAUUGAUCCGGUAAAGGAUUUCGAUGAUCAGGGUGAUGUUGUUGUUGGUGGUAAUGUUAGUGUUGCUGAUACUGUUACUGCAUUACCUUCAGCUUUGGUUGAUGGAGUCACUGAUAACACAGAAGAACUGGAUAAAUUUCAAGAUUCAAUUGGGGUUGCUGAUGAGGGUGUUGAACAUUUGAAUGAGGAGGAAGUUGAGGUGAUUGAUAAUAAGGAGGUGUCUGAGGAUAAGGUGAGACAACUUUAUAGCUCUUGUUUAGAUGGUGCUGAAGAGACCAACGGUGGAGUAUCUUGUGAUGAAUCUUACAUUAUUAGGGAUGAUUGUAGUGGGGGGAAGGAGUUAGCUGAUUUAAAUACUGAUGGAAGCAUGGUAUUUCAGGAGGGUAGAGACUUGGUGAAUGGGAACAAUGGUUUAUCGAGUGAGAAGGGUGAAGAUGAGGAUCUUGAAUACAUGACUCCUAGACAAAAUGGUGGUGUGGUUUUGGAAAUUGGAAGCACGGACAAAGUGGAUUAUGCUGUUGAUGAGUUUAAUACAGAAUUGGGAUCUGAUGUAGAGAUGAGAAACCAGGGUUCUGAUGCUCGGUAUUUGAAAGAGGGUGGCUUGGAUCCCAAUCUCAGAGAUGAAAAGAUAGAGGAACAGUGCAAUGCUUCAGGGGAUCCUCAUAACAAAAUUCAAGAUGAUACUGUUGAAAGAUCUAUAGAAAUGGUGGAUGAGACCAUUGACACUGAUAUCAUCGACAGGGAUACAAAUGGCCAAGAAAUGGGAAUAUCUGAUAGUCAGAGUAAUGAAUGCAAAGUUUACAGUAAUGAAGAAACCGAGGAUGAUGAUGCCAGAUCAAAGUCAGAGCAUCUGGAAACAAUUGGUGAAGCCGGAGGAUCUUCUCUUGCUGUGGAUGAAAACAAAGUGAUUGAAACUGCUGGAAGCUCAUCCCUUUCAGAAAUUUCUUUUGCUAAUCAGAUUCCGGCUGUUCAGGAUACUGCAGCUGAUUCAGAAGAAGGGAGUGCAAAGCUUUACCAGUCUCAGAUUUCUAAGGCAGAAAAUCAAGGAAAUUAUGAAAACUUAUCUGUUGUUGAAAGAAGAAAAGUGAUUGAAACAGGAGGAUCUUCUCCGGCUUUGGAUGAAAGAACAGUGACUGAAACUAUUGGAAGCUCAUCUCCACCAGAAGACUCUUUUGCUAAUGAGACUCCGACUGUUCAGGCUACUGCAGCUGAAACAGGAGGGUCUUCUCUGGCCUUGGACGAAAGAGCAGUGACUGAAACUGUUGGAAGCUCAUCUCCAUCAGAAAAAUCUUUUGCUAAUGAGACGCUGAUUAUUCAGGCUACUGCAGCUGAAACAGGAGGAUCUUCUCCGGCCUUGGACGAAAGAGCAGUGACUGAAACUGUUGGAAGCUCAUCUCCAUCAGAAAAAUCUUUUGCUAAUGAGAUGCCAACUGUUCAGGCUGCUGCAGCUGAUCCAGAAGAGGGGAGUACAAAAGUUUACUUGUCUAAGAUUUCGAAUGAAGAAAAACAAGGAAAUUAUGAAAAGUCAUUUUUCGUUCAGGAACCUGAAAAGAUAUCAGAGAAUAAUGCGAAAGAGAAGCAAACUACUCAGAUCACUAAAGAACAUGAGCUUGAUUCUUUAUCUGGAAAACCUGUUGCUACUAGCACCCCUCUUGACCAUCCUGUUGGCCUUGGAUCUGCAGCUCCAUUGUUGAAACCUGCUCCUAGGGUAGUGCAGCAGCCAGGGGUGAAUAGUACCAAAAAAAAGCAAUCCAAUCAGAUCAUUAAUAAACAUAAUAGUGAGUUUGAUUCCUCAUCUGGAAAAUCUGUUGCUGCUAGCACCCCUCUUGAUCGUCCUGUUGGCCUUGAAUCUGCAGCUCCAUUAUUGAGACCUGCUCCUAGGGCUGUGCAGCAACCACGGAUGAAUAAUACUAAAGAAAAGCAAACCAAUCAGAUCACUAAAGAACAGAAUAGAGAGCUUGAUUCCUCAUCUGGACAUUCUGUUGCUACUAGCACUCCUCAUGUUCGUCCUGUUGACCUUGGACCUGCAACUUCUUUGUUGGAACCUGCUCCCAGGGUAGUGCAGCAGCCACGGGUGAAUAAUACUGUUUCUAAUACACAGUCCCAAAAAAUAGAAGACUCGUCAACUGUGGAGGCUGAGGAGUAUGAUGAGACUCGAGAGAAACUUCAAAUGAUUAGGGUGAAGUUUUUGCGGCUGGCUAAUAGGUUUGGGCAGACACCCCAUAAUGUUGUUGUAGCACAAGUUCUUUAUAGAUUAGGACUCGCCGAACAACUUAGAGGGAGGAAUGGGGGCCGUGUUGGCUCUUUUAGCUUUGAUCGUGCAAGUGCAAUGGCCGAGCAACUUGAAUCAGCAGGUCAAGAGCCACUUGAUUUCUCUUGUACAAUAAUGGUUAUUGGAAAGACAGGAGUUGGAAAAAGUUCAACUAUCAAUUCUAUCUUUGAUGAGGUUAAAUUUAAAACUGAUGCUUUUCGUGUGGGAACAAAAAAGGUUCAGGAUGUUGUGGGAACAGUACAGGGCAUUAAAGUCCGCGUCAUUGAUACACCGGGACUUCUACCUUCCUGGUCAGACCAGCAACACAAUGUGAAGAUUCUCCACUCUGUCAAACACUUUAUUAAGAAAACACCACCAGAUAUUGUGCUGUAUCUUGAUAGGUUAGAUAUGCAGAGCCGGGAUUUUAGUGAUAUGCCGCUCUUGCGCACGAUAACUGACAUUUUUGGACCACCCAUAUGGUUCAAUGCUAUUGUGGUUUUGACUCAUGCAGCAUCUGCUCCACCUGAUGGACCUAAUGGUACUCCUUCCAGUUAUGACAUGUUUGUCACACAGCGCUCUCAUGUUGUGCAGCAAGCCAUUCGCCAAGCAGCUGGUGAUAUGCGUCUCAUGAAUCCUGUAUCGUUGGUGGAGAACCAUUCUGCAUGUAGAAUUAAUACGGCCGGCCAAAGAGUGUUGCCUAAUGAUCAGGUUUGGAAACCUCAUUUGUUACUCUUAUCUUUUGCGUCAAAAAUUCUGGCGGAAGCAAAUGCUCUUCUUAAGUUACAAGAUAAUCCACAUGAAAAGCCCUACACAGCUCGUGCAAGAGCGCCGCCAUUACCAUUUCUCUUGUCUUCCCUUCUGCAGUCAAGGCCACAAUUAAAAUUGCCAGAGGAGCAAUUCAAUGAUGAGGACAGUCUCAAUGAUGAUCUUGAUGAACCAUCAGAUUCUGGUGAUGAAACAGACCCUGAUGACUUACCACCAUUUAAACCUUUGACAAAGGCCCAAAUCAGAAACCUUUCUAGAGCUCAAAAGAAAGCAUAUUUGGAUGAGGUUGAGUACAGAGAAAAACUCUUCAUGAAGAAACAAUUAAAGUAUGAAAAAAUACAGCGAAAGAUGAUGAAGGAAAUGGCAGAAUCAGUGAAAGAUCUGCCAAGUGAUUAUGGUGAAAAUGUUGUGGAAGAAAUUGGUGGUGGAGCUUCUGUUCCUGUUCCCAUGCCUGAUAUGUCCUUGCCUGCUUCCUUUGAUUCUGAUACUCCCACUCACCGGUAUCGUUGUCUUGAUUCAUCCAACCAGUGGCUUGUAAGACCUGUCCUAGAAACUCAGGGAUGGGAUCAUGAUGUGGGUUAUGAAGGCUUAAAUGUAGAGAGGCUGUUUGUUCUUAAAGAGAAGAUACCCGUGUCUUUUAGUGGUCAAGUUACCAAGGAUAAAAAGGAUGUUAAUCUUCAGAUGGAAAUGGCAAGUUCAGUUAAGUAUGGAGAAGGGAAAGCAACUUCGUUAGGUUUUGAUAUGCAGACUGUUGGGAAAGACUUAGCUUACACACUACGGAGCGAGACAAAAUUUUGUAAUUUUAGGAGAAAUAAAGCAACUGCUGGUCUCUCAUUUACUCUCUUGGGUGAUGCCUUGUCAGCUGGAGUUAAAGUCGAAGAUAAGUUGAUUGCGAAUAAGCAAUUCGAGUUGGUUAUUGCUGGUGGUGCAAUGACAGGGCGUGAUGAUAUUGCUUAUGGUGGCAGUUUGGAGGCCAACUUGAGAGAUAAAAAUUAUCCUUUAGGACGCUCAUUAUCAACUCUUGGGCUUUCUGUUAUGGAUUGGCAUGGAGAUCUUGCUGUUGGGUGCAAUUUACAAUCACAAAUUCCCAUUGGACGGUAUUCAAACCUUGUUGCGCGAGCCAAUUUGAACAAUCGCGGGGCUGGACAAAUUAGCAUUCGAUUAAAUAGUUCAGAACAGCUUCAAAUUGCUUUGAUUGGCCUCAUCCCUCUACUUCAGAAGGUUGUGGGUUAUUCUCAACAAUUGCAGUUUGGACAAUGACGGUGAUGUUAGAUUAUGUGAGCUUUUCUGCACAGUAAUAGGAGCAGUUAUCACCGAGCAAGUCAAUUUUGGAUUUUAAAUUUUUAGCAGGACAUCCUAUUUAGUGUUGCGAACUUGGAAAUCUAACUGAGGUCAAUGUUUCUAGUUCAUACUGAGUCUAACACUGCAUUCCGCAUCCCAAGAUAAGCAUGGCAAUGGCUGGAGCUGACAGUGAAGACGGCUCUAGAAAAAGUACAACGUAGAACAAUUGUUUUGGAAAAGGAGGGCUCUAUAGGCUGGUUGUUGAAAUCUGUAUCAUACUCAUGAGAAGUCACAAUGUUUCUUGGUGCUCUUGGGUUUUAAAACAUACCGAUAAUACGAGAGCAAAAAUAAUUUGUGAAGCAUGCUGUUUGCUUUAUGUUCUUGGAUUUGCUAAAUAUUUAGAUGUGAUAGUCAUUGGAUCGUCAAAUUAUUGUAGAUAACUCAUUUUACUUGCUGAGAGUGUAGUUAUUACACCUGCCUUUGGAUUCGGGACAUGCUCUUUGGCGUCUUCCACAUCUUUGAAAAUUCAAAACAUGUCAUUCAAGCGUUCGGAGAUA